CUUCCAGUACAGCAACUUUGAACGGAGAUGAUCGGACACAUGAGAAGAAAAAAAAAAAGAAGCAUAAACAUGAUAGUGAUUAUGAUGUAGAGAAAAAAAGAAAACAUAAACAUGAUAAAGAACAUAAAAGAAGUUCUGCUGAUGGAGAAUACAAAAAGAAAAAGCGAAAAAAAGAAGUUGGUAUUAACAAUGAUGCGGCUUAUUCGAAUCUUUCCUUGAGUACGACCGCAUAA